AAAAGCUCCCCGGGUCGAUCCGGAGAUAGGGUUUCUCCUCGCCGCUUCCACCUCUCUCGCGCCGCCGCCGCCGCCGAGCGCCUGGAGCAGCGUCAGCCAUGGCCGUAGGUAAGAACAAGCGCAUCUCCAAGGGGAAGAAGGGAUCCAAGAAGAAGACCGUCGAUCCCUUUGCUAAGAAGGACUGGUAUGAUAUCAAGGCCCCGUCGGUGUUCAAUGUGCGGAACAUCGGCAAGACCCUCGUGUCCAGGACACAGGGUACAAAGAUUGCUUCUGAGGGCCUAAAGCAUAGAGUGUUUGAGGUCUCCUUAGCUGAUCUCCAGAACGAUGAGGAUCAGGCGUACAGGAAGAUCAGACUUCGUGCUGAGGAUGUGCAAGGGAAGAACGUGCUCACCAACUUUUGGGGCAUGUCGUUUACUACCGAUAAGCUCAGAUCACUUGUUAAGAAGUGGCAGACACUGAUUGAGGCUCAUGUGGAUGUCAAAACCACAGACGGCUACAUGCUGCGUCUGUUCUGUAUCGGCUUCACCAAGCGGCGGCCUAACCAGGUGAAGAGGACUUGCUAUGCUCAAGCGAGUCAGAUCAGACAGAUUCGUCGCAAGAUGGUUGAAAUCAUGGCCAACCAGGCUUCAAGCUGUGAUUUGAAAGAGCUAGUUUCAAAGUUCAUUCCUGAAGUUAUUGGGAAGGAAAUUGAGAAGGCGACAUCCAGUAUUUUCCCCCUUCAGAAUGUGUUUGUCCGCAAAGUGAAGAUUCUAAAGGCCCCGAAAUUUGACCUGGGGAAGCUCAUGGAGGUGCAUGGUGACUAUGCCAAGGAGGACAUCGGUACGAAGCUUGAUAGGCCUGCAGAAGAUGAGGCCAUGGCCGGGCAGGAGGUCGCUGCUGCCGAGUAGAGAUUAUCACUUAUUUUGCUGCCCGUUUAUUUAGACAACAAGUAAACAGCUAUCUAGUUGUGGAUCGUGAACAUCCUAGCCUGUGUCAAUGGCAGAUAUUCUGAAUAGUUUGUUGGGAUUACUUGCCAGCUGCAUAUUUGCUUUCUGAUGAGAAAUGAAUGUUUUUGAGUCUAUGCGUUUGCUUUGUUUGGUCUUGAUGAUGAAGUUAAGAAUUUUGAAGUAAUUGUUUGGUC